AUGGCAAGAACACGUGGUGCAUCUUUUAGUUCUCGUGGAGAGAGUUCUCGAGGAGAGAGUUCGUCGCAGGGCGAAGCUCGGAGAAGAUCUACCGUUUCUGCUUGUAGAAGUCGUGCAGCUCCUAUCCAGGAUGACCCCAUAGCCGAGGAGCGAGCCAAUGCAUUUACGGCCCCUAACGACGAUGAUGAUGAGGAGGAGCAUGUGGAUGUUCAUGACAUACAAGAGGAUGUCGGUGGAUUUCCUGGAGGUCCACGUGAUGGUUCAUUGCUGACCCACUAUGUUCAGCAUGUAGCUUAUGCUAUUUCACAAGGCCGGGAUCGAGGGGACACGCUGAAGUUGAUCUCUCAUGGAAAAAAAGUAAAUAAGUUAGGACCAUGCCACGAGGGAAUUCAACACAUUGUGUUGAAUUCCAGUUUGAUGCCUCUUACAGGGAUUUGUUAUGAUUACGUUAAUAAGGGGUUACUCCUCGGAUUCAUAGAGAGGUGGCAUUUUGAGACCAGUAGUUUCCAUCUCCCUAUAGGGGAGAUGUCGAUUACUCUUGAUGACGUCUCGACAUUACUUCACCUGCCCGUGAUGGGACAAAUGUGUGAUUUGGAGGAGUUGGAGUUUGAGGAGGCUCGUACAGCCCUUGUGCAACUACUCGGCGUUGAUGGUGGCACAGCAGGUUCUGAGAUGGAGGACGCACGUGGUCCGAAAGUCAGACUCAGCUGGCUUAGAGAGAUAUAUGUUCAGAGGUGUGAGUCGCAGCAUUGGGACUAUGCUGCUAGAGCAUAUUUGUUGCAUCUAGUAGGAUGCACAAUUUUUGCAAAUAAGAGUGCCAAUUCUAUACGCGUGUCUUACUUAUUGUUAUUUAGAGACGUACACGCGUGUGGCAGAUAUGCCUGA